GGUUAUAGCCCUUUUUAUGAGAUGUCCUCAAACGAGUUAGAGGUUGUAAGGAAGUAUAUUUUGGAGAACCUAUUAAAGGGAUUUAUUGAAGUUAUUUCGUCCCUUUGGGCGGCCUUUAUCCUAUUUAUAAAAAAGGUUAAUGGAAGCCUCUGCUUUUGUAUUGAUUAUUGA